AUGAAGGAUUUUGGACUCAUCAGGCACGACCAAUGCGACGGAGAUAUCGACAACGACAAAGAGAUCGACGAGGACGAAGCGAUCGAUGGUGACGAAGGGAUUGACGGUGACGAAGAGACCAGACGAUCUCCACCACCCUGUGAUGUCUAUUUUUCAAAAUAUAAUAUGUAUGGUGGAAAUUCUGCUUUGAAAGCUAGUGGUGCACUUUCUAUAGCAGUUCCAGGGGAACUUGCUGGCCUUCACAAAGCUUGGAAAGAACAUGGGAGGCUUCCAUGGAAAAGGCUAGUAAGGCCAACAGAAUAUCUUGCUCGAAAAGGGUUCAAGAUAUCUCCAUAUCUCUACAUGCAGAUGAAUAAAUCAAAUUCAGGGAUCUUCGCUGAUAAGGGACUUCGUAAUAUUUUCACAUCAAAUGGGAAACUACUUCAGCCAGGAGUCACCUGCCACAAUAGAAAACUAGCUCAGACACUCAACACCAUUUCAAAAUAUGGCCCAAAUGCAUUCUAUAAUGGUUCAGUCAGGUACAAUUUAGUUAGAGAUGUUCAGAAGUUUGGAGGAAUAUCGACCAUGCAAGACCUGGAAAAGUAUCAAGUUAAAGUGAAGAAGCCAAUCUCUGCUAAUAUCUCGGGCCUUGAGAUACUAAGCAUGCCUCCUCCAUCCCGUGGUGCUGCAAUGAUACUUGUUUUAAACAUUCUUGUUCAAUAUGGAUUCCCUCUGGGCAUUUCUCGCUCACUGGGGAUCCUUCGGGAAAUUGAAGCUUUGAAAUAG